AUGCAACAGCUCCAACAAAUCAUUCAACAAUCCUCCACCCUGCAACCCGUUCAACCCCCACCAUUGUCCAAAGGAAAAGCUCGCUCAAACAAUCGACCAAAUGGUUCACGGAGUAAAAAACCGAUGAAAAAAAAAGCGAAUCGGAUGGCAAAACAAGCGGCAGGAGGGGAGACGGUCAGCUCAUCACUUGAACUUACACUUGAACAUACAAAAAUGGUGGCUGAAUAUCGAAGUGAAAUCACUCGCUUGGAAGAAAUGCUCAAAAAGGCGUUUGAGUUGGAGAAGCAGAAAAUUCAGGCCCGAAUCAACGAGAUGACGACCAAGAGGACGAAUAUUUUCUUUGAGGUUCUCAAACAACAACAUGCUGAAUUGGCUCAAUUAGUGGCUCAACCCGAACCCACUCCCCAACCUCCACCUCCACCCAAGACUCGUCCACCAAUAAGGCCGAUGAAUCAAACUGAAUUGCUUAUUCAACCGCCGUCAAAUCACUCACAAGAAAAGCAACAACACCAUUCGCCAAGCGCCGCCGCGCUCGAUUUACCAUUCGAUGAAUUCUCACAAGUUUUCGAUGAAAUGGAGAAUCGAGCGAUUCCGUCGUAUCACAUGGAGACGUCGCACAUCCAGCAGAGCUCCUCGACGCAAUAUGCUGAAAUGAGACCAAUGCAACAACCAUCACAGCAACAAGAAACGGGUGUCUAUCAUCAACGGGAACAAAUGAGCUAUGUGGAUGCGCAGGGUCAACUACAACAAACCACAUACUAUCAGUACGAUUCAACGGGGCAACAACAGCCACAAAUCCAUCAACUACAACCACAACACAUGCAAAACACUCAAAUCCAAAUGUUGCCUGAGGAGCAAAUCGUGCAAAUGAAUGAUUCCUCGCAGAUCCUCAUAGAACCCUCCACUUCACAAGUGCCCAUGCAACAGCCCCAACAAAUCAUUCAACAAUCCUCCACCCUGCAACCCGUUCAACCCCCACCAUUGUCCAAAGGAAAAGCUCGCUCAAACAACCGCCCAAAUGGUUCACGGAGUAAAAAACCGCCUUCACAAUCGGCGAAUUCGGUGGGUGCAGUGUUGGCGACAGCGAAUCGGAUGGCAAAACAAGCGGCAGGAGGGGAGACGGCCAGCUCAUCGGCAAUGGCUUCAUCAUUGACAUUUACACUUGAACAAACUCAAAUGGUGGCUGAAUUUGACGUG